UAAGAGAAUCCAUAGCCAAAAUAUUUCAUUAAAGACAAAAUCUUUCUACAACAGCAGUGAAGAAUUUUAUCAUAGUGAAGAAUUCAACAUAUAUGUUUACUUUGCAUUGAUUUGUGCAGUAUUCCUCGCGGCGAUGCUUUCUGAAUUAUUAUUGUUUCGAAUGUUCACAACUGCAUCUUUCAAACUUCAUAACGAUAUGCUUCGUUGUAUUAUUCGAACUCCAAUAUCAUUUUUGGAUAACAAUCCUGUUGGAAAAAUUUUAAAUCGGUUUUCCAAAGAUGUUAAUAAUAUGGACGAUACGUUACCUUCUAUUUAUUACCAAUUGAUAAGAGGAUACAGACUUUAUGUUGGCAUGUUUUUGAUUCAAGCGAUAAUAUGCCCUUAUCUACUAAUAUUAAUCUGUGUUCUUUCAAUCCUUUUCUAUUUUUUGUGGACUGUCCAUAACAGAGUGUUGCAAAGCAUAAAAUAUUUGGAAGGAAAAUAUAGAAGUCCAGUAUUUUCUCAUCUAAGUGUAUCUCUUUAUGGAAUUACAACCAUCAGAGCAUUUAAUGCUGAAAGUAAAUUUAUAUCCACUUUUAAUAAAUAUCAAGAUAGACACAAUGCAAUAUGGUUUAUUUUCUUAGCGUUAAAUCGAUGGAUUUCUACAUAUGGUCACAUCGUUUGUUUCAUAAAUAUAAUUAUUACUGUUCUUGUUUUCAUCGUUUCAAUUAAUACAGAUGAUGCAGGAAGCAAACUCGGACUUGUUAUGAAUUACGGAUUAAUGAUAUUUUGUUACUUUCAAUUGCUUAUUAAACAAACAUCUGAAAUGGAAUUUCAGAUGAACUCGGUAACACGCAUUAUGAAUUAUAGCAAAUUGAAAUCAGAAGCAUCAUACGAAACGUCAUCUGAUAAAAAGCCACCAUCUGAUUGGCCACAAAAAGGUGAAAUUCAGUUUGAUAAUGUUUGUUUACAAUAUGCCAAGGAUAAAAAUACUGUUUUAAAAAACUUAACAUUUUGUAUUCACUCGGGAGAAAAGAUAGGAAUUGUUGGGAGAACAGGAGUGGGAAAGAGUUCAUUAAUAGCUGCGUUAUUUCGUAUGUCAGAGCCAACAGGAACGAUUACAAUUGACGGUAUUGACACAAAAGAUAUUGGUCUACAGGAUCUACGUAGCAAAAUAUCGAUCAUUCCUCAAGAUCCAAUGUUAUUUACUGGUCCUCUUCGAAAAAAUAUUGAUCCUUUCGAUGAAUAUUCAGAAGAAACUCUCUGGCAAGCAAUAGAAGAGGUGCAAUUAAAAGAAGUUAUUGGUAAAUUACCUGGCGGAUUAGAUACACAUUUAACAGAAGGAGGGAAAAAUUUCAGCGUUGGACAAAGACAAUUAAUUUGCCUUGCCAGAACCAUUCUUCGUCAGAAUAAAAUUCUUGUCAUGGACGAAGCAACAUCCAAUAUUGAUAAAAGCACUGAUUUCUGCUUACAAAAGAUACUUCGUGAGAAAUUUAAAUCUUGUACAGUGCUGACAAUAGCACAUAGAUUACAUACAAUUAUCGAUUCGGAUAGAGUUUUGGUACUUGACAAGGGAAAAGUACAGGAAUUUGACUCGCCAUAUGAAUUAUUAAAGAAUGUAAAUGGUACUUUUUAUAAUUUGGUAAAGAACACAGGAGUAACUUCAAUGAAUGAGUUAUGUAAAAUUGCGAAACAUAAGUAUUAUGUUAAACAAAAUAUCGUAAAAACGAAAUUAUAAGAGCAUUGGAACGUCAUUGAUAUGCAAUAUCUGUUGUAGUCUUGUGUUAUUUUUUCAAUCCUUAUCUCGAAAUAACGCUUUUUGAAUAGAUAAACACUAAACAUUUGAUAAUAUUUGCGAGUUUUAUUGUAAAAUGCAUAGAAGUUAUUAUAAAAUAUGUAUUUAAGACAAUAUUGUUUCAAAUAUUUAUAAUUUCCAGAAAAGUUAUGAAUUUCACAGAUGUA